UGCCAAGAAAACUAUAUGAUAGUGUCACCAUAAACCAGAAACAAUUUGGUGGCACAGAAAAACAAGAAGGGGAAGUGUGAUCAUGAUUUUAAGGGCCUUGGAGAAAAGCUGAUGCAUACACAGAGAUAAAAAUAGAUUAGGUGGGCCUCUCCUCGAAAGAUCAACUGUUGCCAUUACAAGCCAGUUACAAGCUCUUGCGCCCCUUUUGGGAUUGAAGUGGCAAAGGUAGAAAUCUCCUACAUGAACUAACAUGACAUCAUGGCAAGAUUUCGCAGGAGAACAUGCAUCAUUUUGUUGCUUUUUAUUUUAUUUAUUUGCUCCAUAAUGAUGGCCUUGAAAACUUUGAGACCUGAAAGAGCUGGGUUUGGAGAUCCAUUUGGUAUUGGCCUUUUGCCAGAUUUUCAACAGCAAACAAAAUAUUUUAAAAAUAAGUUCAGUCUGCAGAAGAAAGCUAAAGAAGAUAGCUUCACGCAUGCCAAAAAUUUAAAUGAUCUGACAAUAAAUGAUAAAAUGCCAACAGGAAGAGUAGAGGAAGAUCUACCAUCUCCAAAUUACAACUUCCAUGUGUUCUACUACAGCUGGUUUGGGACUCCACAGUUUGAUGGAAAAUAUAUUCACUGGAAUCAUCCACUGUUGACACAUUGGGAUCCCAAAAUUGCAAGCGGUUAUCCAAAGGGAAGACACAAUCCUCCAGAAGAUAUUGGAUCCAGCUUCUAUCCUGAACUUGGGCCAUACAGCUCCAAGGACCCUUCUGUCAUCGAAGCUCACAUGAAACAGAUGCGCUCAGCUUCCAUUGGAGUGCUGGCUCUUUCUUGGUACCCAUCUGGUAUGGCUGAUGAAAAUGGAGAACCUACUGAUGGUCUCGUGCCAGCUAUUUUGGAUAUUGCAGAUAAGUACAAAUUAAAGGUCACUUUCCAUAUUGAGCCAUAUAAAGAUAGAGAUGAUCGCAAUAUGUACAGCAAUGUCAAGUACAUCAUAGACAAAUAUGGAAGCCAUCCAGCGUUUUACAGACAUAAAGUCAGCACAGGUAGAACUCUUCCUAUGUUUUAUGUUUAUGAUUCUUACAUAACAAUCCCUGAAAUAUGGGCAAAUCUGCUUACUAUAUCAGGAUCCCAAAGUAUACGAAAUACACCGUAUGAUAGCUUAUUCAUUGCCCUUCUUGUAGAAGAAAAACACAAGCAUGAAAUCUACAGAAGUGGCUUUGAUGGAAUUUAUACAUAUUUUGCCACAAAUGGAUUCUCUUACGGCUCAAGCCACCAUAACUGGCCAAGUCUGAAAGCUUUUUGUGACACAAAAAACUUAAUGUUUAUUCCAAGUGUGGGCCCUGGCUACAUAGACACCAGCAUCCGACCAUGGAACAACCACAAUACACGGAACCGCGUCAAUGGCAAGUACUAUGAGACAGCAUUCAGUGCAGCACUUCUAGUACGACCUGAAAUAAUUUCCAUCACCUCUUUCAACGAAUGGCAUGAAGGCACUCAGAUUGAAAAGGCCAUUCCAAAGAAGACUGGGAAGACAACCUAUUUAGACUAUCAGCCACAUAAACCAAAUAUUUAUCUGGAGCUCACUCGGAAGUGGUCUGAAGAAUAUAGCAAAGAAAAAGAACAGUGGCUCACAUGAGAUGCUACUGUAUUUGGAGAUUCCACAAUGAGCCCAACACUGUGUCUCACUGGUAAAUUGGGAGCUCUGUAGUUUGUGAGGGUGACACUGCUGUAGCUUACCUAAGAAAGAACUAAAAGAGUAAUAUGGCAAGCAAUACCAGCUUCUUGGUUUCUUAUAUUAUAUGGAGAAUAUUUUGAUAGCAAUACAUCCUGUACAUACUAAUAAUGUAUUCUGCAUAUUUAAAGUACCCCACAAUAAUAUUUGAUUAGUUACUUUAGUGGAAUGAUACAGAACUUAUUUUACCUUUGUAUCAUUGGGCUUUAACCCAAUUGGUAAUGUAGGCUCUCUGCAUGCAGCUAGGCGUCUUGAGCUUUUCUUUUCCAAAAGAUAACCCUCAGGUCGCUUCUCAGAGCUAAGCAACUCUAGAAGCAGCUCCCAAUGUAGUAUGAGUAGAUGUAGCCAAAAUACAAAACCUUAGUGUUCAGCCUAAAAACCCUCCCAUGACAACUGUUCAGAUCAGGUCUCAGAACAACUGUGAACAAUAAUACUUGAUUGGUUCUAGAAAACGAAUGGGUAUAUGAUGUACAAAACAGUCUAUCUGAUGGUAGAAGACAUAAUGCAUUAAGAAUUUUCAAAGAGCUAGAGUCACUUAAUUGGAGCAAUGUAAGAGUACAGCCUCUUUUUCUUGUGCAGUGUCCAUUCGCUUUGGCGUAAAAAGCCAGAACUGGUAGUAGGUAUUCACAGUGUGUAUAUUUUUUAUACACCCUGGGGAUCCCAAGUGUAUAUUUUGUAUGCUACAUAGAUGUUAAAAGUGUUAUCUUUAUAUUUGUUUUUACUUUAGUAAAAAAUGAGUGGUGUGAAAUUAUGAUUUUGAUAGCAAUAGUUUCAGUCAUGUUUUAAAAAAGAAAGAAAUGUUCAGUAAAGUUGCAUGCAUCAAGUUAAGAUUUGGAACAAAUAACCAGAAUUUUUGUGGUUUUGUAAUAUAGAAUGAAAUCUUUACAAAGAAAUAAUGAACUAAUGCUAAAAAGGUAUUUCUUAGUUUAGGAUGAAAACCUGCCCCAGCUGCUACCUCACAGGAUAAAGAUUAGCAAUUUCUUCUAAAUGUGAUUCCCUUGUGAUUCACAGGGUGCCAUUUCAACUUUAAGAAAAAAAUUGAAAACAUUAUGUCGGUGAGGGCUGAUGGAGAUGUUAUUAGCAGAUUUACUAGGCACUUGAAUUAUUUUCAGCGAAGAAAAGGUGUUUUAGCAAGAUUUGACUUUUCAGAAAUUGGGCUAAAAUUAAUUCUGCAGAACAAAAUUAUGAUCAUGUGAAUAUCUGUAGCAGUGAAAAUUGGAUGAAAGUUUUUUUUCCCCAGCUGUAGAGAAUUUCUGGAAAAAGUUGAUGAUAAAAGAUUUGACAGAGGGAACGGAUGGUACGUUAGAUUAAUGCUACCAAAAUCAUGUUAGAGUAGUGGAUGCACAUUCUUUACUUACAUUGGCCCGAUUUAUAUGGGCCUUUGCAGCACUCCCAUCACGUGAUAGGGGUUGGUCGAGGACGCACCAUCCAUAUUGGCCUCACCCCUAGCACGUGACGGGGGCGUUAAAAUGGCGGCGUCCUGUACACACGAGUGCUGCCAUUUUGACGUGAUGGACGCUUAGGGUCCGCAUGUCCUGGCGCCUUUGUGACGCCGCAAGUGUGCCGUUGGCACAUUGCGGCAUCACAAAGGCGCCACAAGAAGAACCCACUUUUUGCUGGUUCUUUUUGUUCCGUGACGGAGCCGUACAGUUUGUCCUCUACGGCUCCCUCAUGGAGCAAACUAGGGUGGCAGGAGACUGCCCUUUUUGGACGGUCUGUAUCCCGCCAUUCUUAGUUGGAACAGAUUGAAGCACUUUCACAUUUGUACUGGCAGUUUAGUUUUCUCUUACAGAGGUUGCUGCUUCAAUAUUUAGAUAAAAGGUUGUUCACAUUCAACUACUUCGUAUUUUCCCUAGUGUAUUCUAUAUUCUUUUCCAUAUCACUUCAUAGCGAAAUGUCUCGAAACUGAUUUACUAAAAUAAUUUAAAUAAUAAAAAAUAUUCAACCUCACAUGCAGGAAUUUUUUUUAAAAUUGGCAUUUUCUGAUCCCAGUGAAAAUUUUAGUGUAUUAUGGACUUGUAAGAUUACCUAGAGCAAGCUGGUAUAGUGGUUUCAGUGUUGCACUAUAACUCUGGAGACCAAGGUUCAAUUCCCAGCUCCAUGAAACCCACUGGGUGACCUUGAGCAAGUCACACUCUCUCGGCCUCAGAUUUGCAAUGGCAAACCUCUUCUGAACAAAUCUGGCCAAGAAAACCCCAUGAAAGGGUCAUUUUUGAAAGGGUCAAAAAUGAAUUGAAGGCACACAACAACAACAAUACUGUAUGCCCAAAGGAGUGUACAUGUUUACACUCCCAAAAUGAGAAAAUAAAAGGUGGAAUAAAUUUAAAAACAAAACCAGCCAUACACCUCUAACAGUGUGAAGUAUAUACUGACAUGGAUGAAUUCUAAUUCUUUCCAGUGGAAGAAAUUUUAAAUUCCUCAGAAUGGGAUUAGUCCACUGACAAUUUACUGCCCAUAACAUCUGCUUCACUGUUACCAUGAUUUACCAAUAUAUAUAUUAUUACAUAGGAUGUUAUGCCCCACCCCCAAUAAGUUACAGUGGCUGGGAGAAAAAAGUAUCCAAAGGGCAAAAAUCAGUAGAUUUGUCUGAUAAAAUUUUUGUCAGGGUCUAAAAUGUCCCAUCCUAGUGCAUGCUGAUUAAAAUAUCACCAGCAAUAAAAAAAGAGUCUUUUGGAGUUUUAAGUUUUUGCCUUCAGAGUAAACUUCAUAUAUGAACCAAAACCUUUUGAUUUGGAUCCCAUUCACAUAUACUGGUCUUGCGUUGCAGUCCAAAAUGGGAGGAUUGUACCACAAGAGUACCUGUGCUGUGAAUAAUUUCUCAGAAAUACACUAUAGGAUAUUGUAGUUUUUAGUGUAUGCCUUAUGAUAUCUAAAUUCAAAGUGCCUCUCUACUGAGUUCCCUUGCCAUUUAUCCAAAAUUAAUAGUAAACCCUCAAGUGUGAUUCAAUGUAUGUUUCAUGAGCUUGGUUUGGCAAUUUUGAAAAUGUACUAUAACAUAUAGUAUUGACUGUGAAGGAGGGCUGGUGCUUUUCUGAUUUGGCCAGUGAUGGACAAAUCCCUUUCCACAGCAUGAUUUGGAACUGGGUAUGACAAAGCAGUAGCAUGGUACAGUGGUUUGAGUGUUUAGCUAGGAUUACAGGAGAUUAGGUAUCAAAUCUGCAAUUGGCCAUGAAAAUCCACAGCUGACCUUGGACAAGUCACACUCUCUCAGCCUCAGCAGAAGGCAGCAAUAAACAUCUGAAUAAAUCUUGCAGUCAGCAUAAAUCUUGAGUUGACUUGAAGUCAACGACAAACCAAACUGCUUUCUCUAGAAAGAGAGAGUCAGAUUAUCUGCCUUAGUCAGAACUCAUUUUUAAAUUCAGGUUGUCAUCAUUGUUCUUCUGAUGACAUAACAGGCGCAGACAUUUCUUUUCUUAUAGCUUGAUUCCACUUUACCUGGCCUGGCAGCUACAAGUAUUACUUCAACAUUUGCUUGCUGGAGGCCUAUCUGCUCUUCCCUGAGAUGUAUAAGUUUGCUUAUCUUUUUCAGGGUGCCCAGGAAUGUACAUAUCACUGGAAGAUAUCCAUUGAGACUGCCUUUUCUUCCUCCUCUUCCUCCUGCUAAGGCAACUAAGUAGGAGCAAUUAGGCUGGGAGAAACCAGAAAAGAACAUAUAGAGCUGUAAUCCCAGUGAGUUCUGUACAUUCCAGUCCUCAUUUUCUUUCAGCUACUGACAAAUCCUUUAGCAGUUAAAGCAGAUGAAAUCCAUAUUUUCUAGCCAUCCUAAAAAUAGAAAUUAAUCAUAUUCUUUGAUUACUUUUUUCCUACAAAACAUCCUGUGUUAGUAACCACAGAAAUUGACAGUGAAGGGUUUAUUUGAAAAAUACAGAUUAAAGUCCAUCAACCAAACUGAAGUGUUGCCAUUUUUGUAACAAUCUAUGCAAAACUAAAUGGGUCGCUAUGUUCUAAUAUAUUAACAUCCCUGCCUUCGAAACCACAAUAAAAGAUUCAUGGCACACUGUUUAAGAUGUCUGGUAUGAUGACAUUAAUGGAUUCGUUUUUUCAAACGAAUCCAUUAAUGGGGGAAAUGUUCUACAGACAGGGGCCACAGUCGAAAAGGCUCUCUCCCUUGUCAUCACCUUUAAGCCUCUCUCACAUGCAGAACUUGGAAGAAAGUCCCAGACACAGAUCUCAAGAUGGAGGCAAAAAUAUGAUUGCAGAGGUCAAGAUCAAAUAUUGGGAUCCCAAGCCCUAUAAUAUUUUAGAAAUUAAAACCAUUCUGAAUGGAUAUCAAGAUACUAAAUCCAAAAACAGUCCUGGGGAGUUGCUUGCACUAAAGGAAAUAAUAAUAAUAAUAAUAAUAAUAAUAAUAAUAAUAAUAAUAAUAAUAAUAAUAGGUUUUAUUUCUAUUUUCCUGCCUCUCCCGACGGAUCAAAGCGGGAUUACAACAAUAUUUCAACAGGAAGAUUUGGGGGGUGGGGGUGAAGAUUACCUCCAUGUUGUUCUGAUUUUGAAGGGUAGCUGAUAUGACAAAUGGACAGAGCUGAAACUGAAAUGCAGUCAAUUCAUCCCUAAUUGACAAUAUUUCUGAGCUAACAAGUACAAAUGACAGGCUUUUAAAUUUAGUAUAAAACAGAUUUCACAGGUGACAUGAAAGAGCCUUAUUAAUAUAUUUUUGCCAGUGCAAGUCAAGCUGAUAGUUAUUUAUUACAGUACUUCUGUCAUUUCCUACUAUGUAAAUUAGUUGUAAGAAUUAUAUUACAGUAGCCAGAAAACUGAGCCAGAGAUUAAAUACAGUAACUUGGAACUUCUGCAUAGACUGUACAUGAUUCAUGUUAGUUAAUUAAAUGAGUCUGAUUACUUUAUAGCCUCUGGGGCCUAAAUACUCUAAAGGCACCAAACCCUAUCUGAUCUUGGAAACUAAGCAGGGUCAGAACUGGGUAGUAUUUAGACCAACAAAUACCAGAUGCUGUUGGCUAUAUUUCAGAGGAAAGAACUGGCAAAGCCACUUCUGAGUAUUCCUUGCCCAGAAAAACCCUAUGAAAUCCAUGGGGUCACCAUAAUACACAUGCAUUUUACAAUCUAAGCAUAUGCAUGCUUACUCAGUACUAAGCCCCCAUGACCCCAGAAGAAUUUACUCCCAGAUAAAUGCGGUAUACGACUGAGCUCCUGAAACAUUCAGGUAUCCUUCCCAAAAUGCUUUAUACCUUAUGCCCUUAAAUAGAGCAUUUACAGUAACCCUAAAGUAAUUCAUACUUCAAAGCCUCCAAAAUUUGUAGUUACUGAAGGAUUUAGGACUAAUAAUGUUCUAAAAACAAUUUUGCUACUAUUUUGUUUGCACUUUAGGCGACUACAGUGACUGCUUCGUUUUCGCAGGGGAUCUGUUCUAAAACUCACCCACUUCAUCCCCGAGAAAACAAAAACUGCCAAUAUUCAAGCCCCAUUGGCUUGAAUGGUGGUGGGCAUGUCAUCCCCAUUUCCCCCCCUCCAUUUGCUAUUCGCACAUAAGCGAGGGGCACAGAUCCCAACUCUGCAAAACUGGAGAGAUGACUGUAAUCUAUUUUGGUUUGGUACCCCAAGAAAAGGUAAAUUUAUACUUUUUCUUUCCCCUCACUUUGUUAGUUGUGCUUCUGCUCAGAGCUGGAAUCAAACUGAGUUUGCAGUCACUUUUUUCUGCUGAGAGAGCAGGCUGCAUUUUAAAAUGAGAAAUCGCUUGUAUUUGCAGCAUACAUAUUCAAAGUACCUCCAGUUAAAUAACCUCUGUUCUCUCUUGUACAGUUGGCCCUUCUUAUACAUAGAUUUUUUUAUACACGGUUUAAAAAUGUUCCAAAAAAGUAUAAAUUUACCUUUAUUUUCCAUAUUUAUAAGGGACACCAUUUUGCUAUGUCAUUAUGUUUAAUGGGACUUGAGCAUACACGGAUUUUGUUAUACACCCACGGGGGGAUCUUGGAACCAAACCCCAGCAUAUAACAAUGGUCCACUGUACUGUCUAGGCCUUCAGAAGAGCUGCAAAAUAAUUCUGGUGUCAGCUACAUAAAAGAGUAUGUUGCAAUCUUUUUCCAUCAGAAGGUUAAAUCUUGAAAGUAAGGGUUGAAUUGGUACCUUUUUAAAUGACAUGAUUCUCCUACCUCUGAAUUUUAUUUUUAAAAGUCUUGAAAGAUUUAUGGGGUGACAGAGGUAUGCUGUCCACCUCUCCUUUAUAGCAUAAAAAUCUCUAUAGCAAUUUCAACAUGUACAUAAUAAGGGAGAACUGAAACUAAAUGCAGCCCAAGCUUUCCUAUUGCUCAAUAUAUUGUUGGUGUGUGCAAUAAAUGUUUGAAUGUAUUUUCAUAGGGUGAAAAGUAGAAACAUCUGAUACUUGCAGUGGGAGAAUAACACACAGUAUGCCUAUGUAUCCAGUGGAGGCUGAUGGCUUCUGUGUUAAUGGGGUAGUAAAUGAAUUCCAGGUUUUAGUCCAAACUUGAAAAUACAGACCGCCCCUUUUCUCACUGGGUUGGGGGCAGGGCAGCUUCACCAGCAGCCCAGAGGCCUCAAUCUGGUGCUUUUUGGGACCAAGGAGAAGCAGCAAAAUGCUGCUUCUCCGUGGUCCCAAAAAGGGGUGUCCUUGGGGCUUCAUGCCCCAGGACACUCCGACAGGUGCAGCCAUGGGAGAAAGGGGCCACGCGCCCCCUUUCUCCCAUAGCUUCAUUCCCACAGCCGUCUCGUUGCCGUGCGGGAAUGAAGCUUGUGGUGCCACAACAAAAAGGAGCUGCCUAGAUGAGCUCCUUUGUUACGGCGCCGCAACCAGGAAGUGACGCUGUCAUGACAUAACUUCCUGUGUGCCACGUUUGGGAGCUCAGCGGUGGUGCCGGCAUCAUGGCAGCCCCCAUGUGGAAGGGAGGCCGCCAUGAUACCGCUGCUGCCACGGACUAGGGUUAGGGAGCGUGCAGAUGGUGCGUACUCCCUAACCCUAGUAUUGCUGCUGCCAUGCCCCAUUUUGCCCAUCUGUAUCAGGCCUAGUACUAUUCUCCAGAUGGGCUCAGCUCCACUUAUAUCAUACAGUCUAGUCCUGGGCAAAAGAGUGAAUGCCCCUAAUAAAGGAAUUGAACUCUGAGGAGCAGAGUAACGUCUGGAAUGCACAUGAAACAAGCUAAUAGUCUUUGACGAUUUAUAUAUAUAGCUCUGAUUGAGUCACCUACAUAGCUCCAGUUAGAUAUGUAAUGGAUCUGACAGACAGCUCUUCUGGGCAACAUUAGUUAAUAUUCCUUAGAAAAGGGUAAAGCACUUAUAAGUCUGAUUCUUGCUUCAGUCAUCUUUUUAAAACCUGCACAGUUUUUAACUAAUACUUCUGGCUAAGAGCUAAGAAACAGACAUCAUUUUAUGAGUCAUAUAAUAGUAAGCCACUGUCAUGCAGUGACAACGACGUAGAAAAACCAGAAUUCCAGAGUGUUUGAUUUAGAGCUUAACAGCUCAGCCAUGGGGUGACAGGUUUUUUUCAAAUAGCAGCUGAGCUUAAAAAUUCAGUUCUCUUUCUUCUGUCUGAAUUGAGUGACUGUCUGGGUAGUUGUUACAGCCAAUUAUGUAAUAAAGGAUUUGCAAAAAUAUAUUAAAGUCUAGCAUACAAGAAAUGAAAUUAUUCUAAUUUACUUAAGAAAUAACUUUGCAAAAUCCUGUUAUAUAAAAGGUUUUUUUUAUUUUAAAAAUGUGCAUAGUAUUAACAUGAAAAAUGGAUAAAAUGUUCGAAUACAAUGUGUACACAUUUAAAAUAAAAAAGUAAAAUGAGGACUGAAAAAAAAACACUUCAUGCAAUUAAAAGAAUCAGGAACAGUUUUUGAGAGAGAAAAAUGUUUACUAAUGAAUACUUGUAAUAUAAAAAUGUGUGUAUUUGUAUAGAUUUUUUUAAUCUUUCAUUUUAAAAAAAAUUCACAUUUCAGAGAAAAGCAUAUUAAUCCUUUAGUAGACACUUGAUACUUUUUCCUGUAAAAUGUUUGCUUGUGCUGAUGCUACUAAAAUCAAUUUUAAAGUUGCAUGUUAUUUCAAAUAUUGUUUUGAUCAAAUUUUUGAAAGCUGAACUGUCAAAUCCAUCUAAAGAUGUUUUAGGCUGUGCAAUAUUUCCAGUAAGAAGUGUGGUAUUUCUUACAAAUGAGUUUCUCUUCUUUAGCUAGAAAUUGAUAGAACUAAAGCUACAGUAACCCAUUUGCCUUUUCCUCCCAUGAAUAAUGAGAUGCAAAAUCUCUCCAUAUAAAUGUAGCUUUGUAAAUACAUACAUGUUAAGUUAAUUAAUCUUGCUCUUAAAAUAUGUUCAGACAUGUGUAGAGUCUGUUAAAGUUUCUACUGUAUGCCAAUCAAUCAAGUAUCACUUAGUUUCUUCCUUGGACUAAUUUAGACAGUUCAUCAGAAUGACAAGGUAACUACCAACAGAAAGAUCAUGAGUAGCCUUCAAAUCAAGGCUGCGGUACAGACUGUCCCAAAGGGGCGGCCUGUGAGCGGCCUAAUUCCCUCCAGAGGGAAGCCGCAGCCGCCAAACCACGUGGUUUGCCUCUGGAGUAAAAAGAAUCUGGAAAAACCAGGUUCUUUUUGCGCUGCAGGGUGGAUGUCACAAGCACGCCAAUGGCGCACUUGCAAUGUAAGUUGCGUAUGGCUCCAUGUGGGCGCCGCGUAGCACUUAUGUCACAAUGGUGGUGCCCAUAUACAUGGGACGCCGCCAUUGUUACGCCACCACUCUGUACUAGGGUUAGGGACCGUGCGGUUGCCAUGUGGUCCCUAAUCCUAGU